AUGGUUCAUACUUCCAGGAUUGUGGAAGCCAGAGAAAUGGGAGAAGAAGACAGUCCAGUGGUAACGCCGAGUUUCUUUGACACAUUCUUUGAAGGGUUGUCGCAUGAAUAUGCUGAGAAUGACAAAGAAAAACGUGUUCCAGACGGCGACUCAAGUGGUACGACAGAAUCAGCUGGUCAAAAUGAUGAAUCCUAUUAUGAUGCCAUCUUCAGAAGAAGUACAGUGGGCAAGACUGUAUUAUUGCUGGAGGAGGCUGCAGCACGUGUUCCAGACUCGAAACCCAACGGAGCAUCAAAGGAAGCUGCUCCAUUGUCUGCGCCCAGCGUAGAAUGCAGCUACAGAUCAGUAAUUGUGCGUGCGCCACCUGCGGUGGAACAACAGCAGUCUUCAGAACGGAAGGAGCAAGCAGAGCUGUGGCGGGCUGGUGUUAGGCAGCCUCCACCCCGAUCCCAGUUGGCCUCCACAAUGUGUCUGCUGACAUUGCCUGUCCCUAACACACCAAAACCCAUGUAUACUGCAGUGUCUGUGUGCAACAGCAGCUGUACAUUACAUGAAGGUGGCUCAGAAAAGCGUCCAGCUACUAUUGGAUCUACCCACCAACAAAGCUCUUGUACAAGGGAGGAGCAAGCAGGGCUGCGUUGGGAUGGUGUUAGGCAGCCACCGCCCAGGUCCCAGUCAACCCCCACACUGAAUCCACUGACACCGCCUGUCCCCACUGCACAAAACCCCUUGUACACUGCAGUGUCCUGGUCUGCCCCUUCACACUGUCUUCUGCAAAGGCCUGUCCCCAUUGUGCCGCAACCUGUGUAUACUGCAGUGUCCAUGAGCAACACCAGACAUACAUUGCAUGAAGGUAGCUCAGAAAAGCAUGCGGCUACAUUUGGGUCCAUCCACCAGCAAAGCUCCUGUACAGGGGGGGAGCAAGCAGAGCUGUGGCCAGCUGGUGUAAGGAAGCCUCUACCACCAUCCCAGUUGGCCCUCUCACUGCCGGAGCAGCUGGGGCCUCUCCCCAUCCCACCGAAACCGAAAGCCGUGUAUACAGUAGCAUCUCUGUGCAACAGCAGCAGUACAUCACAAGAUGGUGGCUCAGAGGGGGGCGCAGCUACAAUUGAUUUUACUCACCAGCAAGGAUCCUGUACAAGGGAGGAGCAAUCUGGGCUGUGGCAGGCUGGUGUUAGGCAGCACCCACCUCUAGCCUCAUUGGGCCCCUCACUGCAUAUGCUGCCAGUGCCUGUCCGCAGUGCAUCAAAAGUUGUGUAUACUGCAGAAUCCCUAUGUAAAAGCAGCGCUACAUCACAUGAAGAUGCCUCAGAAAAGCAUGCAGCUACAAUUGUGUCUCCCCACCAGCAAAGCUCCUGUACAGGGGAGGAGCAAGCAGGGCUGUGGUCAUCUGGUGUUAGGCAGCCUCUACCCCCAUCCCAGUUGGCCCACUCACUGCCAGAGCAGCUAGGGCCUCUCCCCAUCCCACCGAAAGCUAUGUAUAGAGCUGCAUCUCUGUGCAGCAGCAGCAGCAGCACACAAUAUGAGGGAGGCUCAGCAGAGAGUGCAUCUACAAUUGGCUCUACCCACCAGCAAGGAUCCUCUACAGGGGAGGAGCAAGCUGGGUUGUGGCAGGCUGGUGUCAGGCAGCCUGCACCUCUAGCCCCAUUGGGUCCCUCACAGCAUAUGCUGCCAAUGCCUGUCCCCACUGCAUCAAAAGUUACGGAGGAGCAAGCUGGGUUGUGGCAGGCUGGUGUCAGGCAGCCUGCACCUCUAGCCCCAUUGGGUCCCUCACAACAUAUGCUGCCAAUGCCUGUCCCCACUGCAUCAAAAGUUACGUAUACUGCAGCGUCCCUAUGCUGCAGCAGUAGUACAGCACAUGAAGAUGGCUCAAAAAAGCGUGCAGCUACGAUUGUGUCUCGCCACCAGCAUAGCUCCUGGACAGGGGAGGAGCAAGCUGGAUUGUGGCAGGCUGGUGUCAGGCAGCCUGCACCUCUAGCCCCAUUGGGUCCCUCACAGCAUAUGCUGCCAAUGCCUGUCCCCACUGCAUCAAAAGUUACGUAUACUGCAGCGUCCCUAUGCUGCAGCAGUAGUACAGCACAUGAAGAUGGCUCAAAAAAGCGUGCAACUACGAUUGUGUCUCGCCACCAGCAUAGCUCCUGUACAGGGGAGGAGCAAGCUGGGUUGUGGCAGGCUGGUGUCAGGCAGCCUGCACCUCUAGCCCCAUUGGGUCCCUCACAACAUAUGCUGCCAAUGCCUGUCCCCACUGCAUCAAAAGUUACGUAUACUGCAGCGUCCCUAUGCUGCAGCAGUAGUACAGCACAUGAAGAUGGCUCAAAAAAGCGUGCAGCUACGAUUGUGUCUCGCCACCAGCAUAGCUCCUGUACAGGGGAGGAGCAAGCUGGGUUGUGGCAGGCUGGUGUCAGGCAGCCAGCACCUCUAGCCCCAUUGGGUCCCUCAUGGCAUAUGCUGCCAAUGCCUGUCCCCACUGCAUCAAAAGUUACGGAGGAGCAAGCUGGGUUGUGGCAGGCUGGUGUCAGGCAGCCUGCACCUCUAGCCCCAUUGGGUCCCUCACAACAUAUGCUGCCAAUGUCUGUCCCCACUGCAUCAAAAGUUACGUAUACUGCAGCGUCCCUAUGCUGCAGCAGUAGUACAGCACAUGAAGAUGGCUCAAAAAAGCGUGCAACUACGAUUGUGUCUCGCCACCAGCAUAGCUCCUGUACAGGGGAGGAGCAAGCUGGGUUGUGGCAGGCUGGUGUCAGGCAGCCUGCACCUCUAGCCCCAUUGGGUCCCUCACGGCAUAUGCUGCCAAUGACUGUCCCCACUGCAUCAAAAGUUACGGAGGAGCAAGCAGGGCUGUGGCCAGCUGGUGUUAGGCAAUCUCUACCCCCAUCCCAGGUGGCCCUCUCACUGCCUCCACUGCGGGGGCCUCCCCCCAUCCCACUGAAAAGCAUGUAUACGGUAGAAUCUCUGUGCAACAGCAGCAGAACAUCAUAUGAGGAUGGCUCAGCAGAGGGUGCAGCUACAAUUGGUUCUACCCAUGAGCAGGGAUCCUGUACAGGGUAA